UGCCUUUAGAAUUGCUUGUAGUAAAACACUUCCGGGUUACCAACCCCCCGGUUACAAUAUGUUGAGAACUACACUUCUCCAAAAAGAGAAGAAUAACAUUGAGGAGUGUUUGCAACCAAUGAAGAGGGCAUGGCAAAGUAAAGGGGUAAGUGUUUGUAGUGAUGGGUGGUCGGAUGCACAAAGAAGACCUCUCAUUAAUGUGAUGGCCGUUUGUGAAAGUGGGCCUAUGUUCUUGAAGGCAAUAAAUUGUGAAGGUGAGUGUAAGGAUAAAUUUUUCAUGGCGAACUUGCUUAUUGAAUCAAUCCGGGAAAUAGGUCCUCAAAAUGUGGUCCAAGUGGUCACCGAUAAUGCUCCGGUUUGUAAGGCGGCCGGACAUAUUGUUGAGGCAAAGUUUAAGCACAUCUUUUGGACACCAUGUGUGGUUCAUACUCUCAAUCUUGCUUUGAAGAACAUAUGCUCACCCGUGCCAAGAAAUCCGGAAGUGUAUGAGCAAUGUAGUUGGAUUUCAACAAUCUCAAGUGAUGCAUGGUUUAUUAAGAAUUUUAUUAUGAACCAUAAUAUGAGGUUGUCAAUGUAUAAUGAUCAUUGUAAGUUGAAGUUGCUCUCCGUUGCCGAGACACGUUUUGCUUCUACAAUUGUGAUGCUUAGAAGAUUUAAGCAAGUGAAACAAGGCUUAGAGCAAAUGGUUAUUAGUGAGCAAUGGGACAUUUAUAAAGAGGAUGAUGUGGUAAAAGCAAGAACGGUGAAGGAAAAAAUAUUGGAUGAGUGCUUUUGGGAGGACAUUGAUUACAUACUUAACUUUACUUCUCCAAUAUAUGAGAUGCUUAGGUUGAGUGACACGGAUAUGCCUUGUCUUCACUUGAUUUAUGAGUGGUGGGAUAGUAUGAUAGAAAAAGUGAAGACAAUUAUAUAUCGAAAGGAGCGCAAGCAACUCAAUGAAGAGUCAAUGUUCUUCAAUGUGGUGCAUGAAAUUUUGGUGGACCGAUGGACCAAGAGUAGCACACCACUCCAUUGCUUUGCACACUCUCUAAAUCCUAAGUAUUAUUGCAAGGAAUGGCUUGAUAUGGCUCCUAAUCGUUGUCCUCCACAUAAAGACAUUGAGAUUACAAGGGAGAGGAAGAAAUGUAUUGAGAGAUUCUUUUCUAAUGAGGUGGAGAGAAGAGCGGUUAAUGAGGAGUAUGCCUCUUUUUCGGCAUGUAUUGAAGAUUUUUCGGGUAUGGACUCUAUGAAAGAUAGAGGUUUCAUGGCUCCGGUAAAAUGGUGGGUUAUCCAUGGAGCUUCCACACCAAAACUUCAAACCAUAGCAUUGAAGCUACUUGGACAUCCUUCUUCCUCCUCAUGUUGUGAAAGAAAUUGGAGCACUUACAACUUCAUUCAUUCUAUUAAGAGGAACAAGAUAACACCGGAAAGAGCGGAAGAUUUAGUAUUUGUGCAUAGCAAUCUUCGUCUCCUUUCAAGGAAAAGGCCCGAAUAUAAAGAAGGGGAAACUCAUAUGUGGGAUGUUGGAGGCGAUGCAUUUGAUUCCAUGGAUUUGGAAAAUGCCGGAGUGCUUGAGAUUGCAAACCUCUCUCUUGAUGAACCGGACUUAGAAGACAUCAUAUUUACCCAUGAUGAAUGAAGUUAGAGCUUUGAGAAGUGAUUUCUAAUGUUUUAAUUUGUUCUUUGU